CUCCUCGAGCGUGGGGCAGAAGUGAAUGCUCAGGGCGGCGACUAUGGCAAUGCACUACAAGCAGCUGCAUAUCAAGGGAAGGAAUUGGUUGUGCAGCUUCUCCUCGAGCGUGGGGCAGAAGUGAAUGCCCAGGGUGGCUUGUAUGGAAAUUCACUACAAGCAGCUAAAGAAUCAAACCGCGGAUCGAUUGUGCACCUUCUCCUCACACACGGGGCGGAUCCUAGUGCU